GCGUGACUGCCGAGAUUGACGUGGAAGACACGUCAAAUUGAUCUCCGCACGCUGCAACCUCCCGGUCAGACGAAUUUCUCCUAAUCGGAUGAAGUUCACUCUAGGCCUGGGGUCGCGGGCGUGGAGAGUGUCCUGGGAGCGCCCGGCGGCGGCGGCGGGCCAGGGGGAGGGCGGCUGCGCGCUCGGCGGCGGCGCACGGCGCGUUUCCAGCCCGUGGCCCGGCCGCCGCGGCUCCCGACUCGCGCGCGCCCUCCCUCUAUGCCUCUCCCGCGGCGGCGGCGCCCGAGCUCUCCCGGACUGUGCCGGGCCCAGUCCCGGCCGCUUCGGCGCCAGGCAGCUGGCUGGCCCGCGCGCUAUGGAGCAGACGUACGGCGAGGUGAACCAGCUGGGCGGCGUGUUCGUCAACGGCCGCCCCCUGCCCAACGCCAUCCGCUUGCGCAUCGUGGAGCUGGCGCAGUUGGGCAUCCGACCCUGUGACAUCAGCCGGCAGCUUCGCGUAUCCCACGGCUGCGUGAGCAAGAUCCUGGCGCGCUACAACGAGACAGGCUCCAUCCUGCCCGGGGCCAUCGGGGGCAGCAAACCCCGCGUCACUACCCCCAACGUGGUCAAGCACAUCCGGGACUAUAAGCAGGGCGACCCUGGCAUUUUUGCCUGGGAGAUCCGCGACCGGCUGCUGGCCGAUGGCGUCUGCGACAAGUACAACGUGCCCUCUGUGAGCUCCAUCAGCCGAAUCCUGCGCAAUAAGAUUGGCAGCCUGGCGCAGCCUGGGCCCUACGAGGCGAGCAAGCAGCCGCCGCCACAGCCGGCGCUGCCCUACAACCAUAUCUACCAGUAUCCCUACCCCAGCCCUGUGUCGCCUACUGGCGCCAAGAUGGGUAGCCACCACGGGGUCCCGGGCACAGCAGGCCACGUCAGCAUACCCCGUUCAUGGCCCUCGGCGCACUCGGUCAGCAACAUCCUGGGCAUUCGGACGUUUAUGGAGCAAACAGGGGCCCUGGCUGGGAGCGAAGGUGCUGCCUACUCCCCCAAGAUGGAAGACUGGGCUAGCGUGAACCGCACGGCUUUCCCGGCCACUCCAGCAGUGAAUGGUCUCGAGAAGCCUGCCUUGGAGGCGGACAUUAAAUACACUCAGUGGCCGAUCGGAAGCCGUCCAGCCCCGGCGGCAAGGUCCCGGAUGGCCUCAGUAGCUUACACGGACUGCCCAUCCCAGCCUCGACCUCCUAGGGGCAGCGCUUCCCCGAGCCCGAGCCCGAGCCCAAACCCGGAGCAAGAGGCGGACCGGCGGGCGGAGCGGGGCGUGCAGCUCGGCCUUGCAGUCUCGGUGGCGCGCGCGGGACCCAGGACAAGCCGAGGAGGUGCCCAGAGCCAGCCCGCGGGGGGCCCGCCCCGUCGGUUCCCAGGCGCACCGGUUCCCAGGUUCCCCACCGGCCCGGCGGCCAUACUUCCUUCACCGGCCAGGGUUUUUAGGCUUCUCUGAAAUUUGGCUUUAGACUGUUGCACCCUCGUCCCGAUCCUUGCUUCGACAUGGCCUCCCUCGCCCGGCCAGCCUCAAGUGUCUUUUCCUACCUCUCCCAAGGUGGUUCGGCACCCUGCCUCCCUCCCUCCCUCUUCCAUUCUCUGCCUCGUGUCCUUUCUGUCUUUGCUUCCUCCCUCCUUCCUAUCCUAGGUUCCUUUCCUUCUUCAUGUUUCCCCGCCUUCCUUUUGUCCUCUUUAAUUUUUCUCCCCGCAGUCUUCCUGCUUCCCUUUCUCCUUCACAUUCUGCACCACUGUGCUCCCUUUCCUGGGGUCCUGCCCCCCUUCUCUCUUUAGUGUCUUUUACAAUAAGUGACUCCGUUUCUCUUCAUUCCUACUGCUUCCCUGACCUAAAGGCCUUCCCAGGAGAGCCCCAGACUGGGCUCCCCAUCAGUCCUCACUCUGCAGUUGGUACUCUUUAGUCUCCACCCCUCGGAGCCCCCCAGCCCUAAUGGAGGGUUCUGGAACCUAGGAAAUGGACAGAGAGGCCAUGGCCUUUAUUUUAUAUUUUUAUAUUAAUGAACCCAAGCAAAACCCGGUUGAACUAUCUUAUUUUCUCUCUCUCCCCCAGGAUAUUGUCUGAUAAUCUGUAUGUUCUCAGUGCUUAGUGGCUGAGCUUCUCCUUGCUUCCUCUGAGAUGAUGUCACCCCAAAGAAGAUUGGGGAUGAGAAGGGGGCAUUGUGGUCAUUGGUAUUUUCUUUCCUUAGAAAACUGCAUGCCCUGGAGGUGCUCCUUCCCACCCUUACACACCUAACAGGAGGGAAUCUAACACAAUAUAAAUGCAUCAGCACUGUUUUCGGUUUUCAGGGGUCAGCACAUUUGUUAAUUUAAACCACAAACUGCUUCCGGGUACAAAGGUGCAAUCUGGCUUCUGGUUUGCAAGGGGAUGAGGGACAGAAAAACCCAGAAAGUGUCUUCUAGAGCUGGACGCAAGAGCUGUUCACUGCUUCCAAGUUCAGGCGCACUGGUGGCGGGACCCUGGACAUAAAACUGCAAUUUUUGUAGUCAUAAAAAUGUCACUGGUGAGAGUGUGACAUCACCUGUUAAACGUGGCUGCCUUUGAAUAAAGGAAAGCAUCUGGAGAAUGCUCCGUAAGGGUGAGCAAGUCUGUGUCCAACCUGCAUUGUCGUGUAGGUCCGCCUCACCUACUCUAGUCCCUCAGUUCCCAGCAUGAACACAAAUAUUAAGAUGACAUUAUUUGAAUGGUUUAUUCACUAGCAGCCUGGGUUGGGCAGGAGGUGGAGGAGGAGGCGAAGGAGGAACAUUUUCAGGGCUCUGCCCCAGGAAACUCCAGGGAAGAGAAGCACUGUGCAGAAAUCAUGCUAACAGGAGGCUGAUUCUUAGAAGAACAAAGUGGGCAAAAGACAGUGAGCAGCAAUGAGGACUUUCCCGGAACAUUUCUAAUGUUCUGAAAGCGAAAGAAAAUUAUCCCAGGCUACCAAACCAUUUAGGGAUUUCUAACUACACAGGGGUUUCUGGCUAAUUGUUUUGUUUUUUCCUUUCCGCAUUUGGCUUUCUCAAACUGACAGAAGAUAUAUAUUCUUUUUUUCAGAAGACAUUUUUUUGUUGUUGUUGUUGCUAUGGUAAUUUGUAUUUCCACUGGUUUUUUUUUUUCUUUCAUUUUUUUAUUCUUAUGUUAAUCCCCAUACAUUACAACAUUAGUUUUAGAUGAAGUGUUCCAUGAUUCAUUGUUUGUGCACAACACCCAGUGCUCCAUGCAGAAUGUGCCCUCCUCAAUACCCACCACCAGGCUAACCCAUCCUCCCACCCCCCUCCCCUCUAGAACCCUGUUUGUUUUUCAGAGUUCAUCGUCUCUCAUGGUUCGAGAAGACAUUUUUGAAUUGAAGGUUUUGCUUGUAAGUGGAGCUGCCUGUUCGGACUAAUGGAGGGGACCAGUGGGGAAAUUAUUUUUAUCAUAUCUCGUUGCAAUCAUACCCACUGAAGGUAUUAAUUACAAAACAGUAUCUGAUUUUUUUCAUAUAGAAACUUUUGUUUCCAGGUUUUCAAAGGCUUUGGCCUUAAAAAAGUUCCACUUUAUAGGUAGGAACAUUGAGGACUAGCUAUUUGGUUUCUUUUCUCUGGACCAUACAGCUAAUUACAAAUUGUGGGGUUUGGGCACAAAAACUAGGUGACACCACCUCAUCAGAGAGCCAGGAUUGGGGCUGGAACUUUGAGUCUGGGGUCCUUAGCCUUCUGUGCUGGCAUUUCCUGCCGAGAAGCUGGUCAAAAUGAUAAUAGGACUAAAGUAUGAAAAGGAAGCAUGUUUCCAAGUUGCUAGUCCUCUCAGCCUGUCCUCAUGUACUUAAAUGAGCUUUACAUGCUCAUGAUUUUCAUGAUUCCAUGAUUGUUGCCUGGAGGAGGACAGGCUUGCUUGGGACAGGCAGAAGGCAUCCCACUGCUUUCUGAAGAAAAGAGAAGACUCUGUGUUGAACCUGUCUCUGAGUUGCCAUCAUCCCUAUUUCCUCGACAUUUCCCACUUUUGUGUUUGUGCUCCCAGAGUUAAGGGUGAAAAAGCUGGGAAAAGCCAACCAGGAAGGUUGGAAGACACCUAUGUUGUAAAUGCCACCUGCAAAGCGUGGCACAUUCCAAGUCUGUCCCUGGUGGUUCCCCAUAUCCUGUGGCCGGAGAUGGGCCUUUCAGAGUUCCUUGACCUUGGGGUGAGCUUGCACGGGGCAUGGGCAGCAUUCAGUCACAGAGCCUACCAGCAGGCUUUGACAUUGCAUGUGGGAUAUGCAGCGACAUCCCUUCUGCCUUGAGGUCUCGGGGCAUGGGAAGACCCAGGGAGCUUGGGUUAAAUCCCUGCUCCACUGUAGUGUGACCCACUGAGGCUGUGACCUCUGAGCCUCUGUGGUCUUGUCUAUGAAAUGUACCAUCCAGUGCAGUGACACCUAUGGUGACCUGGCCUAGAGGAAGACUGACACUGGUGUUGCUUCAUCUCUCUGGAGAUGACUUUGCUGUUAAAGAAAGAUAUGAGAGUCAUUUUAACAGUUGAUGGGGGACCCAGAAUUUUAAACAUUUUUUUUCAGAGGAUCCCAUCAGAAUAUUGCAGUUUUGGUGUCUGUGCUUACGGAUCUGUGGAGGUACUAGGGAUGUAGGAUAAAAUUAGGUAGUACCGUGUUAGGUAGAAUAAUAUAAGAAACAAUCAUUCCUGGAAGCAAUUUGUCUUUCUUCUUGCCUUUUAUUUUUUAACUUAAGAGUAAUAUUUCUUUUUAAUAUAGAGAAGCACUAAAGAGGAAAUAAACAAAAAAAGACAUAAUCACUCAAGUAACCUUUUGUUUUUUUUUGAAAGAAUGAAAGUAAUAUAUGUACAUUGUUAGAAAAUUCUAGCAGUACAGAAACAUUGAAAUGAAAAGUGAAAGUUUCUUCCUAUGCUCAUCUCUGUCCUUAAAGGUUGAACACUGUUACAGUCUUCUAUGAAUCCUUCCCAGAAAAAAAAAAAUGCAGACAGCACAAUCUGUUUCUGUAUGUGUGCUAUUUAACAGUGCCCACCAAGGAUCUGUGCUAUAUACACACAGAUAGGGUCUGGAUAUCUGAUCUCUGCAUACCAGCAGCUUCAGCUCCACUGUAUUCACUUUAUUCUCCUGAAGGGAUGCAUAUCAACAGGGUUUAUUGAAAACAGAGUAUUUGUAAAGAGGGCCAGCUUGAGCUUUAAAUGAAUAAAGGCAGGAUUUUGUUGCAUUCAUUAUUGGAGCAAAUGCUUCAAAUGGGUUGUAAUAACGUCUCUGGGAAAGGUGGCUGUUUUUCGGCAAGGAGGAAGGGAAGCAAACCAAAAGGAAGGAGACAGACAAGAGACAGAGUUUUGUCCUUCUUGAAGACAUUCUGACUUGUUUUCCAGAUCACUG